CAACACCACCCAACCAGAGAUUGGCAAACACAGAGAGAGAGAGAGGCCGGGGAGGGAGAGAACAAAAGGAAGCAGGAGACUUAUAUCAUCUGAUCUUCUUCUGCAAUUCCUUAUUAUUGUUCGAUCUCCACUGCACCUUUCUCUCUCAAAUAUAAUAAUGUCUUUCGCAGGAACAACUCAGAAGUGCACCGCCUGCGACAAGACCGUCUACCUCGUCGACCGCCUCGCCGCUGACAACCGCAUUUUUCACAAGGCAUGUUUCCGCUGCUACCAUUGCAAGGGCACCCUCAAGCUAAGCAACUUCAACUCCUUCGAAGGUGUAUUGUAUUGCAGGCCUCACUAUGAUCAGCUGUUCAAGAGAACUGGUAGCUUGGACAAGAGUUUCGAUGGAACUCCCAAGACCAAGACAGAAAAAGCCAUUGACGCUGAGAAACUGGCUGCAGGAAACAAGAUCUCCAGUAUGUUUGUAGGCACCACCACCAAGUGUGUGGGCUGCACCAAGACUGUGUAUCCCAUCGAGAAGGUUGCGGUUAAUGGGACGGCGUACCAUAAGGCCUGCUUCAAAUGCUCUUAUGGAGGAUGCACGAUAAGCCCAUCGAACUUCAUAGCACACGAGGGGAAGCUGUACUGCAAGCACCACCAUAUCCAGCUCUUCAAGCAGAAAGGCAACUACAGCCAGCUGGAAAACGAGAUCGCCGGCGGCGCGAGUGUUGAGAACGCGCCGCCGGCUGCCCUGGAGGUCGCCCCAGCUUCCUAAACAACGUCAACAAUCUUGACUUAUCUGAUUUAAUUUGUCCUUCUGGCAUUGUUGAGAAUGGAGUUUGUUUUGUGUGGUUUCGGUGUGAUCAGAAAGGUAACAUUAUUUUUGUACUUGAAUCUCAAAAUAAUGCAUGUUUUGAGAUUCUUUGUAAUAUUGUUAUUUAAAAAGUUAUGAAUAAUUUU